CCUGUAACCCACGAGCUCAGUGCCAGGAGUGAUACAGGUUUCUUGUACAAGCUGAUCCAAGGAGGGGGAAUCUUCUUUGAAAACAUAACUGAGGAGCAAACACCACGGGCUGGUCCUUGUCUCCUGGCAAGGGGGUUUGGUGGCUGGAUCUCUGUGCCCUGCACAUCCCAGGGGUCAUCCCAUGGGGACUACACAUCUGGGAGCUUCUCAGCACUUUGGGAAUCCUGCCUGUGGCAGGGCUUUCUUUGCAGUGGAUUUACUAGCUAUAGGAAAUUGGAAAAGGUUCAACUUCGAAGCUUCAUGUUCCUCUUCUAGGAAUAUGAGAUGGGCCUGAAGCAGUUUUUGUACCCCACACACAAGCUCAUGGUUUCAGCAGGGAGCAGCAGCCUGCGAGUAAAGGUGGACAAUUAUCAGCACGUGGUUUGCUGGAUCUUAUCACACCCUUCAUGCCAUGACUGAUGUCUAAAAGAGGAAAAGCUUCCCUUCUCUCUGCGAGCAAUCCCAACCUUGCUGCUCACUGGUGGGCAGUGGGGAGGGGAAGUCAGCUGGGGUGAGACAGCUGAUUUCCUCACAGAGGAUGGUGACACCCCGUGUUCCACAUGAUGCUUGUUCCAUCUUUGUCAGUCCAUAUGUCAUUGACUCACUUCUUUUCAGCUAUGUGUCAUGAAAAUAAGCCUUCUCUGCAAUAACAAUAGGAUGCGAAGUGUAAAGGCCAAGCAGUGCUGUGCAGCCCUGUUCUGUCCUGUCGUGGGUUUAUUCCCCAGGCUUUGUAUACCAGGUUUGCGCACUCACUCCAGGAAUUGACAGCGUUGCUGAUCUGAAUUGCCUUAAAACAUCUGGUUUGUUUUGUUGGUUUGGGGUUUUUUUUGAGUCCUGGCUUUCUGGUGCCAGCUGCCUUGGUUUCCUAUCCUGCAUCUCCCAGCAGCUGCAUCCAGGAUCCUCUCUGAGAUCAAUAAGGCACUGGAGCAUGGAAAAUUUUCGAGCAAGACUGGAGCACCUCUCUGCUGCUGGUAUGAGAGCCCAUGUCUACUGUGAAGACCUUCUGUUCCCAAAGGUGCGCAGGACCAUGGCAGACCUAUGGUCAGUUUACUCCAAGCCUGUCCCAGCAGACGGCAGAGAGCUGUGGACCUUGUUUCUGCAGUGUUCCUGCAUUACAGCGGUGAUAGGAGGCCUCUUUUACAACUGGAUGUUUGCCUCCCUGGAGUACUCCUGGCACCUCUCCGUUGCAAUGGCUGUCUCCUUCAGUCUACUCCUUCUCCUAACUCUUUUCUUGGUGCAUCCUGCCCGUUGUGUCUUCAGUAUGAUCAUGCCUACAUUAGGAACCAAACAAGGCCGGAAGAUUCUCUUGUCAACUUGCAUCAUGAUAGUAGUGGCUAACAUAAUACCCAACAUCAUAAGCAACAUUAAAACAAUACUGCAGAUUAUUAAGUGCAUCAGCAAGAAUUCCUCUGAGAGUCUUUUGAACUCAACUGCUCUGCUGGAGACAGCUUCCUGGGAGUUUGGGGAUGCAAUCCAAGAAACUGCUCAGUCCAUUGAUAUUUAUAGGCCUAUGAAUGGACAUUUUCAGGUUUCACUGCUUAAGAACAGCUCCUUGAUUUACCAACAAAUGCACCUUGCUAGUGAGAAAAUUGGGAGGGACUUUUUGAUUGUUGAGGUAUGGGUCAAAGACUCUGUGCGAGUAGGCAACAAGCUGUUCGCUGGCUUCUCCAUGCUCUAUCUCUGUUUUGAGUCCACUUGGUAUUUGAAAAAUUAUCUCACCAACCUCCGCUUUGACAAUUUUUACAUCACCGAGAAGCUGGAGAGUUUAGCUGUGGACAGAAAAGCAGCUCAUCUGCUGGUGGGCUCAUCCAAAAACCUCAUUCGACCAACAGGCUUGAAGUUGUCCCGGGAAGAAGUGAUGCUGUGCCUUGUGCAAGCCAUGCUCCUCACCGUGGCCUUGAUGCUGAUGCUGGUGGUUGUGACAGUGGACCACUUCACAUUCAGUGUGGCAGACACAGCUGUGAGAAAGGCAGCUCAGUUCUCCACGGUGCCCGUCACUCUCAGCAUCAAAUACAGUGCUAAAGUAGGGGUCCUGCCCUUUCUUUUGAAACUUUUACAUUAUGAAGAAUUGCCACUUCAGAACUUUGAAAGAACCUACCACCAUUCUCUGACCUUCAGCUCUGCCCACUGCAGGAUCACCCCUCCAACACCUCCCAACCCCUCUGUGCUGCUUGUUGUGGGGCUGCUCUUCUGCAUCCUCUACACCACUGUAUUCCUGGAAACCUAUGUGCACCGCCUGUGCAGAAAAAUCGCAGGCUCCUUCUUUAAGAGCUGGGAGGAGAAACGAGCACUUUACCUCUACAAGAAGCUGUCCAGGAAGCACAAGGAGGAGCAAAGCUGCCUGAGAAACUAGGGUACUUUUGGAAAUACAGGGAAUGCCUGAGACCUGUUGUAGUGGCUGGGCACAGGCUUCUGCAGCGGAAUCACACAUUAAAUUUUCCAGAGUCAGAGAAGUGUUUGGUGUCUGGGGAAAGAUAUUUGCCAAAAAAAAGAAAAAGGUGAAAUGUCACAUUUUGCAUUAAUUUGAGAAAAAUUGGCGCUUUGUUUAGUUUUGUUUUGUUUAGUUUUGUUAAUCUAGAAGGUCUGGAGUCAGCUGUUCCAGGAAUGGUGAUGACUUGUAGGAUAUCCCCAUUAGGCAUAGCUAACUGGGAAAUAUGUGGGAGUCAGUGUGGGGGAAGAGGUCAUUUACUUCCCCCACCACAUCCAUGCUGGAAGAAGUACAUGCUUCUUUUCUCUCUAAAAUUAUGCCUUCAGGCAGCAAGAAAGGAAACGCAUUUGACUUGAUAAAUUUCAGUUUCAGGGAGUUUUUCUUUCAGGAUUCAUGCACAGAAAACUAGGUAGACUGGAUAAAUGUUAGCCUUUAGAAGAUAGUUUAUUCACCUAAAAAAGUGUCAUUUCAGCCCACUGAAAUAAAUUCAAGACAAUAUAACCAUGAGAUGCAGAUCCUGGGCAUGGAUGGUGGUGGAAAUCAACACAUGAGGACUUUAUAAAAUCACUCCACAAUGGCUCUUCAAAAUAAAAUAUAAAUAAAAUAGCUGAAGGACCUCAGAAGAUGAUGAGAGCAGCCAAUAAAGGCCAGUUUGGAUGUUGGUCUCUUUUGCCAAGUGAGAAGUGAUAGGAUGAGAGGAAACAGCCUCAAGUUGUGCCAGGGAAGGUUUGUAUUGGAUAUUAGGAAAAAAUUUUUCACUGAAAGGGUUGUCAGGCACUGGAACAGGCUGCCCAGGAAAGUGGUGGAGUCACCAUUGCUAGAGGUAUUUAAAAGAGUGUAGAUUUGACACUUAGGAUAUGGUUUAGUGGUGGGCUUGGCAGUGUUAGGUUAAUGGUUGGACUUGGAUGAUCUUAAAGGUCUUUUCUGACCUAAAUGAUUCUAUGAUUCUAACUUAGAGCAACAGCCUGGGGGACUUCAAAAGUGGUAGACAGAAAUUUGCCAGUUGAGUCAGUGCUCUGCAGGGAACAGGGAAGUAGCAGGACUUGGAGGGCUGGACAUGCCUAAACCAAGAGCUGGUUUUGCAUGUUGGGUGGUUUCAAACUCGGAAACUAUAGUAUUGUAUCUGAGAUGCAAAAAUCCAUCACUAUGCAGCAUCUGAAACGUGUUACUUUUGAAAGAGGCAGACAUGACAUCUCUGUAAGGUCAAGAGCCAGAGGAGGGGGAGAUAAAUCAGUGCCAGCUUAAAAACAAAGCAACUUUGCAGCUUCAUUUCUUCAAAACAUCUAUUAUUUCCCUCCCUUCUCCCAUUAGAGUCUUCAUUAAGGUAAUUAUUUGACAUAAUGCACCUCAAUGAGAUUAAAUUACAGAAGUGAAGUGGCUGCAGCCAGAUGCACUGAAUUCUCUCAGCUUCUGAGAUGCUUGAAACAAAGUAGGUCUGGAUUUUUUAUUUUUUUUUUUAAGCAUCUAUCUCACAAAACCCUCUUGCAUUCAUCUCCCCAGGUUUCUAAAUUCCCUGCUGUUCUGAUGAUUAAUACAAUCACCUUUCUGCCUCUACAGAAUCUAGGGGGCUUUGUCAUGGGGUUUCUGCAGAAAAUGCCUUGUGCUGUUCUGUUUGGGGAAAGCAAAAAGAUUUUCAUGUGCUCACUGAGUAGCCAAAAUUAUCUGGAGUCAGGGGUUAAAAUAGCUGGGAGGAGAACAGAGGAGCCCCUUCAGCCAGGAAACCAUCCCAGCAGCCUGUUGUCUUCCAACAAACACAUAUUUAAAAGUUUUUCCUUCAGAAGAGGCAAGAGAUAUGCAUUAAUCUUCAAGAAAUCAUCUUUUUAUGGCCAGCAGCAUUUGGGGAACCCUCCCUGAGCAAUACCCAGUUCCUCUCCCUGCCUUCUGAGAGGGGUCUUCAGAGGAGAUUGGGGCAUGGGGAGAGAAGGCUGAAAUGGUGAAGUGCCGGGAACAAGCAUGGGGAUAGGCUUUCAUUUGGAGAUGGGCCCUACAGGUUCAGAUGGGCAUUCGGAGUGGCUGAGACCAUAGAGAUGGACUAAGAGGACUAAGUACCACCCUGCAUGUCCUAUUGCACCUAUUGUCCUAAUGGACAGGCACUGCCCAGCUCCCAGGCAGGGCAGCUGAGCAGCUCUGCUCCUGAAACACUCCUUUCCAGUCUCAAAAAUCGUAUUUAUUGGGAAAAACUGACCUCAGCCCAGAGCAGCUUUCCCUGUCUUCUCUAGAGAUUCCUUCCUUCUAAAUUUUAACCUCUAAAGACUCAUCCAGGGGACUUUGCACCUCUAGACUGUAAAAUUUGGCAUCAGACAAGCCUUGAACAGUGUAAUUAUAUCUGCUUGAAAGGAUAAUAAUCAGUGCAAGGUACUGCCCCUCUGCCUCUGCCCCCAGAGUCACAGCCUUCAUAAACCCUUCAUGAGGCAGAGAUGUGCUCCUAUUUCUAUUUUGCUGAAGAGACUAGGGAUGGGAUUGUUAUGACAUUCUUUGGUGGGUAUCACACCAGUUCUAGCGGUGUCAGUGGCAGGGAAGCAUGGGCAGCAGAGCCCCUGUAGCCUGCCUGCAUCUAGGGGUCAAUUCUCCUGCCCUUGUCCAGACAUCUGCCCCAAGAGGCAAUGGAUCAUGCCCCAUGUGCCAUCCAUCUCCUCAGAUUUGUGACUCUCACACAUAUUUUUUUGCUUUAAUAGACAUGUAGAAAUCAGCAAGGGGAGAAUUUGUGUUUGGAAGGUGAACACCUUAUGAAGCACUGGUGAGGAGGUGAGGGUUGGGUGAUAGCUGAAAAACUGGCUUUUAUCAUACUGGUGCUGAGGUUAUUACUUAGAAAGGAGGGUAAUAAAUGCUGUGAAAUGUUACACUGUGCUGUGAAGUGUCAUUAGUGUCAGAAGGGGUUUUUUAAAUAUAGGAAGGAAAAACUCACUUUGAUACCCAUUAUGAUUAUUUUAGAGGUGAAGUUGUACUGAUGCUAAAACAUGUGUGUGCCGAAGGCUGAUGUACUUGUAUAUCACUGAGAAAUCAAUGCCCAUGAAAAGGUAUCAACACGAGAGUCCUGUUGCUUGAGUUGAUGUCAUCAGAUAUGGAUUUGUAUAAUAUGUAGCUGAUGAAUCUAUUUUGAUGAGAAAAGGGAUGUUGAAAGCUUGCUCUUUACCAUUAUGCCACUUAACCCAGAGCCCAGAUUUUUCAUGUGAGAAACUAAACCCAGGGAACUGUGACAAACGUGACACUUGAGUGGGAGACUCUAGGAAGAAGAGCUCUGAGUAGUUUCCAGCCUGAGGGACCCGUGAAGAGAGUCAUGGGGAGACUGCAGGUAUGGAGUUAAAUCUGAAGAAAUGUCUGUUGCGGAGGUGAGACCUGGGGCAGCCCGCAUGGGGGAAGCAGAGGGACCUGCCAGGACUGGCCAGCAUGGCUGGAAAGAGCUGGAUAAAUCCCUUCAGUAACUUGCUUUUUCACCACCCUGGGGGUAUCAGCGUGACCCCAGAAACAGAAAUGGAAGGGAGGUCCUGAGGAGCAGAGGAUGCUCUGACAGUCCCUGCUUUGUCAGGAACAGCUUGUGCAGCACAUCAGUCAUGUUGUCCCUGGUGCCAAAUUGGGCUGUGCUGCUUUCCCUGGGCAGGGGGCUGGUGGGAGGCAGAGCUGCUGGAAACUGCUUUGCUUUCCUGUGAGGUGGUGUUCCUCAGCAAGAUAAAGGCAUAACAAAAUAAAAAAUAUUACCCAUUAUAGAGUCAUAUUAUGUGCUCGAGAAGUAAGCUGCCUUGCCAGAGUUUGCUUAAUGGUGCAACAGAGAAAUACUGAACAAAUUUAACCAGCAGGCAAAGUUAAUUUAUUCACAUAUUUUUAUUAAGCAGGACUAAUUUACAAGCCUCAUUAUUUGCUAAAGGAUCUUUAUCCCUCAGAGCCCCUCCAUGCUCCCACCCGCGCUUCUGCGCAUCGUGGCUCUCAUUGCCUUCGUUUUCUCCCAGCACCACCCUCCCAUCUCGCAGGCAGGAGGAGGUGUGGAGUGACGCUUUGCUUCCACCCGUGAGCCCCCAGUGCUGUCCAUGCCCAGACCCACGGGACAGGUCCUGCUUGUCCACCUCCUCCACGGGGGAAGUACCUGCUGGGCAAUGCUGCUCCUGCACUAGCACAGUGGCUUAUUUACUGUCUCUAACUGCUUUCUGCAGGGAAGGAUUUCAUCACAUCUAGCUUCUAGGUUUGGAAUUGCAUCAAGUUGAAAGUUCAGGGUCAGGUGUUUGUGUUUGAUGAGGCAGAGGCAAGGCUGGGAUGAUCUGGUGAGGCUGGGGAGCAUUUGGUGAUGGGAACCAAACUUCCUUGCUGUUGAUCAUCAGUGGCAAUGCCAGCUCACACCCUUGCUGAUGCCAGCCCUGACCCUGUUGUCAUGACUUGUCAUUGUAAUGCAAAUUUUCUUCAGCUGUGGAAAUGUUGCCACUGAUUUUGGGGGAGCCAGAGCAGCCUGCUCUAUCUGAAGUUGUCCUUCCCUGAUGCUGUUACAGAGCUGGGUGUUGCUGUAACCCAUCGAGGAUGUGGGAACCAGAGGGGUUUCUGGAGGUCUGGGCAAGAGAGGGGACUUGCAACUACAACUGGCAGCUCUCCCUGGAGCUCCUGUUGCAGUAGGGCUCAUUGUUGGGCAAGAAGUCCUUUAUUUUUGCCUUGGCAGCAUGGUGACCCUGUCCAGAGUCCUUUCUCCAACCAGGUUGAGCAGGGGCCAUUUUUUCUCAGGAGUUACCAUCACACAGUGCCUGUGGAGCUGACUGUUUGGCAGAGCACACAGGAGUGGAUCAGGCAUGGCUAUUUGCGUUCUCUUCCUUGUACUUGUUCAGGUUUGAUAUUUCUUAAUUUACCUAGAGAAAAGUGUUAGUUAGAAGAGAGAAAGGCCCACCAAUUAAUCUUUUCUCUACCUGUGCAAUAAACCCAGAGCACAGAAAGACACCCACACAAGGGACGGUAUCCACCCUGAAGGCUCUGAUUCCCUUGGGGUUUUGUGGUGUAUUUGUGUGGAUUUUUCAUAGAUAAAAUAUAUGCUAAGUUUCUGCUUAUGGCUGGCAGGCAAGAAUGAAUGGCCUUAAUAUACUGAGGAGUAAGUGUAAAGUAUUCAGCUAAGACAGUGCUCUAGGAAAGAUCUCAUCCAUAGCCACAAAUCUGAAUAUACCAGAGCAGACAGCUAAGCAAACAAAAAACUCUCUCUAGAAGUAUUUCCUGAUUUUUAAGCAAUUAUAUUUUUAUUACAUUUAUCCUAUCUAUAGUAUUUGCACUGUAAUUGCAGUGAAGAAGCAACAGUAGUGAAUUGCAGUGAAGAAGCAACAGCACCAAACAUUAGAAGAGGAAAUAUUAAUGAACAUAAAUAUAAACAAAUAAAAGCU